CCCAGCAUGCUGCGUGUUUUCUGAUGGCUCACUUAUUGGUAUGAUGGUUUCAUUGUGCCACAUUGAUGAUAUUUCAUCAUGCUAAUCCGUAUACGAGCAAAGCCAUCAGUCUAGCCUUUUAAUUAUAUCUUUUACUGCAGAGAUACGCACUUAACUUCGAUGCCAUCCGGGUGUGACCUGCUUAAAUCGACAGCUAAAUAUAGCAUUCCCAUUAUCAUCUCAGGCUGACUCCCUAUGGCGUCUAUCCUAUCGUGUUCAGUUCGCCGUUCAAAGGCUGACUUCGAAAGCCAACCCGACCAUCCUGCAAAAUGCGUUGGCAAACAAUCAGGCAGUUCCUCUGGGGAGAGGUACCCUCCUCGAAGUUGGAGCAAAAACUGCUUUUGAAAUUGGACUGGUUCAUUUUGUCUUAUUGUUGUCUUAUGUAUUUCACGAACUACCUUGAUCGAGCAAAUGUAAACAAUGCAUAUGUAUCCGGGAUGAAGCAAGAACUCAACAUGCAAGGAAAUGACUUCAAUAAAAUAAAUACGAUCUUUACGUGCGGCUACAUUGUCGGGAUGAUUCCCAAUAACUUGAUGCUCCAAGUCGUCCCACCAAGAUUGUGGUUUCCAUCGAUGCAGAUAGUAUGGGGUGUGCUCACCUUCUGUUCAAGUACCGUCCAUAACGUUCAACAGCUGUACGCUAUCAGAUUCUUCCAAGGCAUAUCAGAAGCAUCGACCUUCGUAGGCACGCACUAUAUUCUUGGAUCAUGGUAUAAAUCUGGCGAAUUGGGGAAGCGCUCGGGUAUUUUCACGAGUUCUGGUCUAGCUGGGACACUGUUCUCUGGUGUGCUUCAAGCAGCCGUUUACCAACAUCUUGGAGGCGUCGGCGGAAGAAGUGGAUGGCGGUGGCUGUUCAUAAUCGAUGGUGUAAUCACGCUCCCGAUUGCACUUUACGGCUUUCUCGUCUUCCCUGAUGUGCCAUCGACCACCAAAGCAUUUUAUCUCAGUGAAGAGGAACGGGCUCUCUCUCAAGACCGUCUCGACUCGGAUGUUGUCCAUCAUAGUCUCUCUUGGGAUCUUGCGAAGAGAGUGCUUAGCCGCUGGCGUUGGUACGGAUGUAGUCUCCUCUUCGCCAUCUCAGGAGAGACUGAAAGUUUCGGUUCCAACAAUCUGAUGGGCCAGUGGCUGUCUGCCAUAGGCGGUUAUACAGUCGAACAAAUUGAUUACUACCCGAGUGGAGUCACAGCUUUCGGAAUUGCAUCCACGCUCGUCUGCGCUACUUGGACAGAUUACACACGAGCAAGAUGGCCCGUGCUCGUGUACAUGUGCUUCUGCUGCACAGUCGCUGCGAUCUGUGUCCUUGUGUGGAGUAGUCCAACGGGGUUGAAAUUCUUCGCAUAUUACUUUGCAGGAGCCUCGUAUGCCGGACAAGCUACCACAUUUGCUUGGGCAAACCAGAUAUGUGCAGAUGACUAUCAAGAGCGUGCUAUUGUGCUUGCCUCCAUGAACAUGUGGAACAACGCGGUUAAUGCCUGGUGGCCACUCCUCUUCUACCCUGCUACGGAUGCGCCCCGUUUCAAGAGGGGUAUGAUCGCAAUGAUUUGCACGUGCGCAGCAACAUUGGGAGUGACUUGGCUAGUCUGGUACCUGGAGCGGCGAGAACAGCGUUUGGCAAAAGGAAAAGCAAUGAAGCAUGAAGUGAGAGAGGACAAUCCGAACCCCGUCGAAAUAGACAAGCCCUUGAAGGACGAGCAAUAAGGACUUACAGUUCUUUGCGUGUCCUCUCGAUCAAGCAGCCAUACUCUAAAACUUUCUGAUUCAUGCAAAAAUAAAAAAAACAGUAUAGAUACAAUGAUACUGAGAAC